AUGGGUCGACAGCAAAGGAAAGAAGAUCGCCAGGCACGCAAAAGGACCAAGAUAUCGGCUACUCAGUCGCAUGCCAAGAAUGCCUCGGCCUCUUCAAACGCUGUUGGCAAGCAGACCAACAAUGCUGGGUUUGUGUUCAACAAGAAUCAGUUCGCCAGCUUGAUCAACAAGGGCAAGGCGAAACAGCAACAGAUGCAACAGCGACAACAUGUUGCUACCCAAGCACAAACCGCGAAUUCGAAUCGUGCCAACACGCAUAUGGAUGUUGCUGCGUUCGAUGCAGCCGAGGCAAGUGCUGCUGCAGCUGCAAGGCUGAGAGGCGAGAUUGCGGGGGCGGCCGCGACGUCCAACUCACACGAUCUGGAUUCGGACCGCAUGCAUGACGACCUUGAUACAAGCUUUGCACCACCAGGUUCACUACUCGAUCCGAUGCUCACAGGAAGGCGCGACAGCUCCAUCAAGGCCUACAUGCGCGAGCUUCGUAAAGUGGUCGACAACGCCGAUGUCUUGCUCCAAGUGCUCGAUGCACGCGAUCCGCUCGGAUGUCGAUCGCUAGAAACCGAACGGAUGCUCCUCCGUGCCGGAAAGAAAAUCGUUCUGAUCCUCAACAAGAUCGAUCUGGUCCCCAAAUCCAACGUCGAAGCGUGGCUCAAGUACCUGCGACACGAUUUCCCUACGCUCGCCUUCAAAGCCUCCACCCAAUCCCAACGUACCAAUCUAUCCCAAGGCGCCCUGACCGUCAACUCUUCGGCGAAAGGUGGAGCAGAUGUCAUCACGGGCGGCUCUGAAGCCAUUGGUGCAGGAGCGCUGCUUCAACUCAUCAAAAACUACUCUCGCAGUCUCAACCUAAAAACUUCAAUCGCGGUCGGUGUAUUUGGGGCUCCCAAUGUGGGCAAAUCUUCGCUCAUCAAUUCACUCAAACGCGCUCGUGUCUGCAGCGUUGCUUCCACUCCCGGCCAUACCAAAGUUGUUCAGAGUGUGAUGCUCGACAAAUCGGUGCGCUUAUUGGAUUGCCCGGGCAUCGUGUUUUCCGACGAGUCCGUCUCUGGAGCUGCAUCGCUAGGACUGUCGUCACAAGAGAUUCAAAUUCGCCGUCAAUCCGCUCUGCUUCGGAACGUGGUCAAAGUGGAACUCGUCCAAGAUCCCAUUACGCCGGUAGAAGCCAUCAUGGCACGUGUCGAGCCCGCACAUCUGAUGUCCGUCUAUGGUCUCGAAUGGUUCCAGCAAGGAGAUGCGCAAGACUUGCUGAUGCGCAUUGCCGUACAGCGCGGUCGGAUGGGUCGAGGAGGCAAAAUCGAUAUCCAAGGAACAGCACGUAGCGUGUUGCACGACUGGAAUGUCGGCCGCAUUCAGUACUACACGCAUCCGCCCGCGCUGCAUCGUUCGGCGAUCUUGUCGGAGCACAACGCGCCAGUGGAUGCGCUGACAAAAAGUAUUGGAGGCCAAGAGCAAGAUGUGAACAAGCAGUUGGAAAAGAGUUCCAAGAUCUUGAGUGGCUUCAGUGAAGCGUUUGAUCUGGCGGGGUUGUUAGGAGAGGCGGAUGCCGAGGUAUUUGGCGUGGGAACUGGCGAGUCUUUGAACCUGCCAGAUGCUCCUGCACCGAGGUAUGCACAAGAGGAAGAGGAAGAUGAGAUUGAUGAUCCCCAAUCCGUCACCACUCGUCUCGUCGAGGUGCCAAGACCGACGUCAGCAGAAGCGGACACAUCACGACGUUCAACUUUGGGCAAACGUUCGCGCCUAUCUGAUCCGCAAGACUCGGACUCGGACGAUGACUUUUCAGCAAUCCCAUCUCAUCGUCGCGUUCCUGGCUUAGAUCCCGGGGCUGAUGACGACGACGACGAUCCUAUUCAUGCCGAUCUUGCCUCGCAAAACGACCUAGUUCCCGAUCCGACCAACAUCAACGCGUGGAACGACAAGCUCGCAACAAAAGCCUCUGCAAUCAGUGUCUCUUCGAAACGCAACGCCGAACUUUCGCUCGCUUUCUCGGCCCAAGAACUCGCCCAAAUGGCUCCUCUUUCCGGUGCAGCACGACGCAAGAUGAAAAAGUUAAAGAAACGUGCCGAUCGCGCCGGAGCUGGACUAGUGGGUCAGUUCGAGCAUCAGAAGCUGGAAGAGAGCGAUGCAGCUUUUGCGAAAAGCGAAAUUGAGUUGGUUAAGGGCGUUGGAGGUGGAAUGUUUGGUAACUUGGCCAAGACGACCAAGACUGGCCAAGAGAAGGAGCGCAACACGACAGAGAAGCAGAGAGCAACGGGUAGCAUGUUUGAUGUGCUGUUGGAAGGGCAAGAUAUGGAUUCGGAGGAGCAAGACGAGGAGCAAGAGCAAGAGAAAGAGAAAGCUGUACCAACCGCAGGUGGUGCUGCUGCUGAGGAUGAUUACGAAGAAGAGCUCUAG